AUUGAGGCGGCGGGAAUUCGGGUUUCGAACCGAAUGAAGCGGGCAUGGCUGGUACUCGGUUGCCGUGGAACCGGCUUGACAGACAACAGGAGCUAGAUCUGCGGGAGCUGGUCCAGCACGUGACUGGCCUCCAGGACGAGGCGGACCCAAACUUCCAGCUCGCCCUCCAGUUUGCCAGCUCCAACUUCAGAAUUUAUGAAAAAUUCAUUAUUCAUUCGGAUCUCAACAAAGCUGCUAGUUGGAAGAGAUUAACAGAGGAAUUUCUAAAUGCGACACUUUCAAGCAUAAAGGAAAAAAAGACAGAUACACAUUAUUCCAUACUAUCACUUCUUCUGUGUCUUUCUGAUUCGCCUUCAAACAGCAACUAUGUGGAAAAACCAAGAGAUAAAGAAGUAGGAAAUAAAGAUGAUUUUGAUUGGGGAAAAUACUUGAUGGAAGGUGAAGAAAUCGACUUUCUCCCAAGUGUAGACACACCAAAUUGGUCUGAAGAUAGUGACGGUGAAGAUGAUCAACAGCCCUUAAGCAGAGAGGAUUCUGGGAUUCAGGUAGACAGAACACCUCUAGAAGAACAAGACCCAAACAGAAAACCAAGGCCUCAUGUCAGCUGGAAAGAUCAGACGGAUGACCAGAACUGGUUGGAAGAGCACGUGGCCCCUCAGUACUGGACAGCCCAGCCCUUGUGGUUUCCCCAUAGUUUACAUUUGCACUCCAAUUUAGCUGCGCUCUGGGAUCAACAUCUGUAUAGCACUGAUUCAUUAUAUGUUCCAGAUGACAGAAUUUUUGUUACUGAGACUCAGGUUAUUCGGGAAACCUUAUGGUUACUCUCUGGGGUAAAAAAGCUCUUCAUAUUUCAGUUGAUAGAUGGAAAGAUAACUGUGAGAAACAAUAUUGUUGUAACUCAUUUGACACAUGACUGCUUACGAUCAGUGCUGGAACAAAUAGCAGCAUACGGCCAGGUUGUGUUUCGGCUCCAGGAGUUCAUCGAUGACGUUAUGAGGCACAGUUCUGACGGUGCAUUACCUGGAAACAGUUCUGUUCCUAAGAAGUCCACUGAAGCUCCCUGUAGGACGUACCAGGCUUUCAUGUGGGCCCUGUACAAAUACUUCAUUAGCUUUAAGGAGGAGCUUGCCGAUAUUGAGAAGUACAUCAUCCGUAAUGAUACCACGAUAACUCUUUCUAUAGUGGUGGAUAGUUUAUCACCACGGCUGGCUCAACUCAAGGUUCUGCACAAAGUAUUUAGCACUGGAAUAGCUGAAGUUCCACCUGACACGCGGAAUGUUGUUCGUGCAUCUCACCUACUCAACACACUGUACAAGGCCAUUCUUGAAUAUGACAAUGUUGGAGAAGCAUCUGAGAAGACGGUCUCCCUGCUGUUCGCGCUCUGGGUGGAGACCGUGAGGCCCUACCUGCAGACUGUGGACGAGUGGAUCGUGCACGGGCACCUCUUCGACAGCGCAAAGGAAUUCAUCAUCCAGAGAAACAAAAAUGUUCCAGUAAAUCAUAGAGACUUUUGGUAUGCAACUUACACAUUGUAUAGUGUAUCAGAAAAGAGCAAGAAUGAAGAAAAGCUGAAUAAUAACGCUAGUGCAAGUUCUAGCAGUGACCAAGGACCUUCUAGCCGGCAGCACACCAUGGUGUCUUUCCUGAAACCUGUCUUGAAGCAGAUCAUAAUGGCCGGCAAGUCGAUGCAGCUGCUGAAGAACCUGCAGUGUGUUGAGAGCGCCAGAUGCCAGGCAGAAGCAAGAGAUGCGGAAAGAAAAAGUUUGUAUAACCUUUUUCUGGAAUCUGUGCAAUCCCGUCUUCGGCACGGAGAAGAUUCUUCCCCAUGUAUCCUUACGGAGCAGCAGACCAGCAAAGAGAGCCUGAUUAAGAUGCAGUCCAUCGCUGAGCGACACUUGGGCCUGGACGAUGUGCAUGACCCACUGCUGGCUAUUAAUUUUGCAAGGUUGUAUUUGGAACAAAGUGACUUUCAUGAGAAGUUUGCUGGUGGUGACAUCUGUGUGGAUAGAUCGUCAGAAUCCGUGACGUGCCAGACUUUUGAGUUAACACUGAGAUCUUGCCUCUAUCCUCAUAUAGAUAAACAAUAUCUAGACUGCUGUGGAAAUCUCAUGCAAACUCUCAAAAAAGAUUACCGGUUAGUCGAGUACUUGCAGGCCAUGAGGAAUUUUUUCUUAAUGGAAGGUGGAGAUACUAUGUAUGACUUCUAUACAUCAAUUUUUGAUAAAAUAAGAGAAAAGGAAACCUGGCAGAAUGUGUCUUUUCUCAAUGUCCAACUCCAAGAAGCAGUCGGACAGCGCUAUCCUGAAGACAGUUUACGACUCUCUAUAUCUUUUGAAAGUAUUGAUACAACUAAGAAGAAACUCCCUGUUCAUAUGUUAGAUGGUCUGACCCUGAGCUACAAGGUUCCAUGGCCUGUGGACAUUGUUAUAAGUUUGGAAUGUCAAAAAAUUUAUAAUCAAGUGUUCCUUCUUUUAUUGCAAAUAAAAUGGGCAAAAUAUAGUCUGGAUGUUUUACUAUUUGGUGAACUGGCGAGUACUCCGGAAAAGCCACAGCUCAAGGAAGGACUUUUACAUGAACAAGAUACAAAUGCUCAGUUUGGACCACAAAGGGAAUCAAUAAAGCAGCAGAUUCAUCGGAUGUUCCUCUUAAGAGUGAAGCUUAUGCAUUUUGUGAACAGCUUACACAACUAUAUCAUGACUAGGAUUCUUCACAGCACAGGGCUGGAAUUUCAACAUCAAGUUGAGGAAGCCAAGGACUUAGACCAAUUGAUUAAAAUUCACUAUAGAUAUUUGUCUACAAUCCACGAUCGCUGUCUUCUAAGAGAAAAGGUGAGCUUUGUGAAAGAAGCCAUCAUGAAGGUGUUGAAUCUGGCACUCAUGUUUGUGGAAGGUUGGCAGGCGGGUCUAGGAACUUGGAAGAUGGAAUCUAUAGAGAAAAUGGAGUCCGAUUUUAAAAAUUGCCAUAUGUUUCUUGUAACCAUUUUGAACAAAGCUGUCUGCCGAGGGUCUUUUCCCCACUUGGAAUCUCUAGCACUGUCGCUCAUGGCUGGCAUGGAACAAAGUUAAAUAUCUUGAAACACAAUAAAUGCCUCAAGAAAUUCAUCUUCAUGUAUUUAGAUUUCCACCAUAUGUAAUUUCGAUGCUAGAACCUUUGUAUUUAGUUUGCUCUAAAAACUGUCGUCCGUUCUCUAAUCAAUAGGUCCAGGGUUGUGUUCUCUCAGGCCGUCAGAAGAUCCUGGUGGCACAGCGCACCGCUAACCACCAGUUAAGUGGGAGAAAGAGGGAGCUUAGCUCCCAUAAGGUGUGUAGCCUUACAAACACCACGGGGCAGUUCAAAUCCGUCCUGGUAACGUAACUAGGAGUCAGAAUCAACUUCACAGCAGUGAGGUUUGGGGAGCUCUUUCAGGGCAUGGUGGUUUACAUUGUUGGCUUUUUUUCAGAAGAUAAUCAAUUAGAAUAUAGGGUUAUGUAUAUAAAAUUGUAUAAAAGAUGUAAAGUGUAUAUAGAUUGUUUAUACUUUUCUUUUUUUGGUUUAUACUUAUUUUCUAUGAUAAGUUAAAAGUAUAUGCUAUUGGCAUAUUUGAAUGUGAACUAUAUUAUUUUUGGCAAUGUUAUCAUUGAUAAUAAAAUUAGAUUAUAGUAAAGCACUUUAAACUUUUGUUAUUUUUUCCAUUUGUUGUAACGUUUAUCGCAGAAAUAUUUUAUGAAGAGCACUAUCGGCCAUCUUCCUUAAAGAUAAUAUUAUAUAGUUAUCCUAAAACUAUUUGUAUUUUCAUAUACCUGGAAAGUUCCCAAAUCGAAAAUAAUGCCAACAAAUGUCAAUAAACAUAGAAUGCUAACUUCACAUAGCGCCAACUAAUGGUACAUAACUGUUGGCCUGCAUUUCUGAGCAUUUUCUGUCAACUAACCCAUUACAGUGAACCCUCAUUUAUCGUGGUUAAUCGGUUCUAGACCCUACCGUGAUAAAUGAAAUUCUGCGAA